AAUGUAAUGUCUAUUGUAAUGGACAUUACAUUUACGCUCAACGGUAUCGCAUGUGGCAAAUGGUUUCGACACCAAUUGGACGCCAAUCGGCACAAAACGUUUACUCGAAUUACGACACGUUAUUAUUUUGAACGAAUUUUGCGCAUAAUUCCCAUUUAUUAUAUCUCGUUAUACUUUGUGGCAAUGAAUGUGAUAUAUUUUGCCCCGCACAGUUUGUAUAAUCGACAAUUUAUUAGCUUAUGUCAAACUCAAAUGCCUAUUCAGUUAACAUUUGUGGCUAAUUUAAUAUCUGACACUAAAAUAUGUUUCCCAGAAUCAUGGUCGCUUUGUGUGUUAAUUCAAUUUGUUUUGUUAACUCCGGUUUUAAUGUAUCUGACGUAUCGAAAUUUCAAAACUGGUAUAAUGGCCAUCAUAAUGACAGGUUUAGUGUGCAUGGUGACAACUUUAUAUAUUGACUACACUACCGAUUAUAGGAUCAAAACGAGAUACAUAACAGCUCAAAUUAAACCAUUCACCCAUGGGGUGCCAUACCUGGCCGGCCUAUUAUACGGCUAUUUAACAGUGGAUGAGCAGCUAAAUAAACACAUCCGCGCCUACCGUUUCGGCGGACUAAUGCCCGGAGCGUUACAAUCGCCGGCGCUUAUAGCCGUCCAUAUGGUUUAUACCGGGGUUUAUGCCGUAAUUAUAUGUUUGUCGGUCAUUAUCUACACCGACAGCCAUAACACCAGUCUAUGCAACCGUUUCCUAUCCAGCCGUUGGUGGCGACCCAUACGCUCAAUACAGUUGACCUCAUAUUUAUUGCACGACUAUUUCGCACAGCAUUUAUUCAAUGCCUUAACGGCGGGUCUGUGCCGUACGGUUCCCGCGCCGGUUCUCUUACUGUCGGCCGUUGCGGCCAAUUGUCUAGUGAUGGCAGUCGUGUCGGCGGUGUUUGAGUUGCCGUUCGGCCGUUUGCAGCGAUCGCUGUCGACGUAUGUGUUCGGCGAUCGCCGCACCGGACUGUCCGCCGAUCGUCGGCCGACUCAUAAAUAUGAUUGA